UGUUCACUAUAAAAUCUGGAUUACCACCUCACACUGUGCAUUUCAAACACAAAGUGUAAGGAUCUUAAAGAGGAAUGAGGAAACUGUCAAACUGAAGAUUUUUUCCAAAUAACACAUUUAAUGCUCCUGUAAAAGAGUGUGAAAAAACGCAGCUGUGAUUUGUGCCUGUGUAUUUUAAUGAUUGAUUGUUAAAUACAGGUCAUAAAUAUCUCACUUUUGAAAAAAUAAAAUUAAAAAUGUGCGCCUCAAAGACAGAGAAUGCAUCUAUGUUUUAUCCAUUUCUCAGUGUAAAGCUCAGCAGUGAACGCCAUCAGUCUCUCGCAGGGGAAACUGAGGCAUUCCCGGGAUAAAAGUCGGUCGUAAUGAGCGGCAUCAAACAGGUCAGAGACGGAGGCAGAGGCAGAGGAAGGGUAGGCCUCGUCUUGGGAGAUUUUUUGCUCCUGUAGCUCAGAGCGUGAUGUCAGCGGUGGCAGUACUGUUGUAAUUGACUUGGUGGGGGUGAUGGCGUCAUUUUAUGCCCUGGUGUAGCCUCCUGCUCCAAUAGCGAAGGGGAGACGGAUCUUUGGCCGACGCGACCGUGGCUCCCUUGGCCGGGAUCGAGCACCGCCGAGCCGGACACUUCACCCCGGGAAACAUGGAGGCUGUGGCCGAGGAGCUGCGGGCCGGCUCUCGGGUACCUGUCACUAUCGAUCAAAUAGUUAACGAUACACUGGUGGUGACGCUGACCUACCGAGAAAGGAGCUACACGGGGAUUUUACUUGAUUGCAACAAAAAGACUGGGCUCUUCUGUCUACCAGAUUUCACAGCAAAACCAGGAGACUGCCCGAUACCCAAACCAGGCUGCGAAAUCCCGGAAGUUCUGAGCGAGGAGCCGAUUUCCAGUCCUCCCAGCCAGGCUUCACACAGACCAAAGGAUGAAAACACUCUCCCUGAAAGCAGCAUACCUGCUGCACCUCCUCCCUGCCCCGUACCCACACCAGUGCCAGCUGGACAGACUCCUUACCCUCCUUAUUUUGAAGGAGCCCCCUUCCCUCAGCCCUUAUGGGUGCGCCACAGCUACAGCCAAUGGGUACCUCAGCCCCCUCCACGACCAAUCAAGAGGAAGAAGAGGCGGACGCGAGAACCCGGCCGCAUGACCAUGAGUACGAUCCGUCUGCGGCCGCGGCAGGUGCUGUGCGAAAAGUGCAAGAACACGCUGAACAGCGACGAAGACAGCAAAGACGGCAUGAGCAACACAAAGACGUCUAGAAAAGAGAACACACUACAGAGCGACGACGACGCCGACGACAAGGACAUCCCCUCCAAGCUGUCGAGGAAAGAGGAUGUAGUCGCAGCCAAGGACUCUAAAAGACGGGAAAACGGCACCAGCCUCGACAGCAAGCGCCUUAGGAAGGACAAACGGGGGGAGGCCGACGGAGGUGAGGUGAUCAUCCCCCACAGCCCUGUCAUAAAGAUCUCCUACAGCACUCCGCAGGGUAAGGGGGAGGUCAUGAAGAUCCCCUCACGAGUCCACGGCUCCGUCAAACCGUUUUGCCCAAAACAGCUGGUGCAGAACGGGGUGGGGGAGAACGGCAAGGCGCCCUCCGACCCCACCAAGGAACAACGGCACAUUCUAGAUGCCACGCGGUCCGGCCUCACCGUGUCCAUUCCCAAACUCAAACUCACCAGGCCUUUCACGACCGUGGGUCAGGACUUGCCUUCUCCAAAGAUCCGCUUGAGACCCCCUCAGAGGGAGGGUGAGGAGAGCGUGGUCGAGUACGAGGCAGAACUUGUAGAGGGCGCAAGGAGGCGGAGCCCCAGGGUCCCCGGGCCCUGCCUCCCCCACUCUGAAGACUCGGGGGAGGGCAAGAACUCUCUGGAGUUGUGGUCAGGGAGUUCCGGAGAGGAGGCCGAGCGCGGCCACAGCGACCUCACCCUCCUGAUCAACUUCCGUAAGCGUAAGGCGGAUUCUUCUAGUCUGUCGGUCUGCAGCAGCGACAGUCUAGACGAGUCCAAGUCCUUCAGCUCCGACGGCACCUCACCGGAGCUGUGCGACCUGGCCCCCGGUGAAGACCUCUCCGUAACCUCAUCAUCCGUACCUUCACGCGAGGACUGCAAGACGGUGCCGCCGCUCACCGUGCGGCUGCACACACGCAGCAUGACAAAGUGCGUGACGGAGGAGGGUCACGCCGUGGCGGUGGGAGACAUCGUGUGGGGGAAGAUCCACGGCUUCCCCUGGUGGCCGGCGCGCGUCCUCAGCAUCAGCGGCACCCGCAAGCAGGAGACGGCGACCUGCGAGGCGCAGUGGCCCCAGGCGAAGGUGGCGUGGUUCGGCUCGCCCACCACCUCCCAGCUCUCCGUCGCCAAACUGUCGCCCUUCAGAGAGCUCUUCAGGUCCCGCUUCAACCGCAAGAAGAAAGGGAUGUACCGGAGAGCGAUCCUGGAGGCCGCCAAGGCCGUGGGUCACAUGAGCCCAGAGAUUACAUCGCUGCUUUCCCACUGCGACACGUAGAGGCUGAGGACUGAAGAGAGAUCGCCAAGGUUUUUCUGAAUUCUCAGACUCUGUCAUCAAGACCCAGGAGGGAGUACGUGUGGUUGCCACGGCUACUAUUUAUAUGCCGUUUUUUUUCUUCUUCUUUUUUUUUUUUCUUUUUCACAAGGCUGGUGGAAAAUGGCCGCCAAGGUGGAGAGUCGUUAAGACUGGGAUAAGGGAGCAACACAAAAAAAAAAGAAGGCCAGGAACUGCUAUGAACUGAACUAUUCCUCCUCCUUUUUCUUAUUUUCUAGAUUUAAUCACAUUUCAAUAGAGCCGAAUAACGACACUACAAGGACCCGAAUGUAUUUAUUAUUAUUAUCUGUAAUGGGUUUAUGGCGAUCCAUCACCUUUCUACUACAGCUGCUGUCAUUACCGCCGGUCCUCGCCGCCGCCGCCACCGACGUGUUUCACUACGAGGUCCAGCUCGUCCAGCCUGAGGAAGCCGGUGGCGUCGAACUCCAUCACCUCCUCCUCCUCCUCCUUCCUGGGAUAAAGUCUUACCCUGAAUCCUCUUACUACUCAAAAUGUGAAUGGCUCCAUCCAGAGACAGUAGUGACAGUGUUCCAUCCUCGUAGCCUUUCCUGCGACAUUAGUUGGAUUUGUAGUUAAACUGAACUCUCUUCCUGAAUCACGUCGUUUCAUUUUGUAACUUUAGGAGCGUCACGUCAGCGUACUUUAACCCCUCCAACCCUCCUCUCUCUUCUGUUUUUUCCUGAGAACCAUUUUUACAUCACUUUAAUUAUUUAAAGCGUCAUGUUAAAGAGAAAAAAAAGCACUUUAUCUGUACCUUGGUGGCCUGCUGUAAGCUCACUGUCUGAAACACUAUUGCGAGAUACAGCCCUGAUAGGCAGCAGGGGAGCUCAGAAGUCUUUGUGGUUGACUAUCCAUGGCCUUGGAGAUACAAGAAACAAAUUCUUUUCUUUUUUAGUUUAUUCUAAUGUACGAUUUUUCGGGGACAUCAGACACCGAUGGUUGUGUACACUGUAUUCUCGCAUUGGGUGUGUUUCUCUCUCAGCUUAUCUACCACACACACUACAACAAAAUCCACAUUUCCACUGGAGAAACAUGGCUGAACAAAUGUGUCAAAGCCCCCUAUGCAUUAUCAGUUAAAGCUUUAUGUGACUUUGGGAGAUUAAAAAAAAAACAUGCUGUAAGAAUACUGUGAAUUCAACUGCUGAGUGCUGAGGGGAAGAAAAGCUCGCUACUAGUUGGAUCCUGCAGUUACAUCGAGUCAUCCAGACUGCAGCGCUGACCUUUAGUGACCUUUGUGUUGAAAGCAGCACUGUUGGAAUAAGUGGGGGAGGGAGGGAGGAGACCACGGCUGUGGAGCGAGCGCAGCCCCGGUCUGUAUUAAAAAAACUAAACCGAAGAUUGCACACAGUCACGCUCGGCCGACCGGCCCGUCUCCUCUCCGGCUGAAAAGCAGCUCGCUGAGCGUCAAUGAGAGAAGUGUGUUUUAUUACUAAGGGAGCAGAUAACACACCUCCUCCCGCUCUGAUAAUCUGCCGUCUGACUGUUUGCUCUCUAGUUUCCAGGCAGCCUUACACAAAGAGGAGCUGGGAGAGUCGACGUACGCCCGAGAGGGGAAAACGCUCGUCAGGUUUUUCCCGUGUUAUGAGCAACAUGGCUAUCUACUGUUGCCCACGUUGGUCAAUGUUAUUGGCUACUUUUUUUGUUUUCUUUUUUUUACAUGUACUGUACAUAAAAUAAAAUAUACAAGCAAUA